GCCAAGAAAGAAGGCGGACAACCAAAAAAGAAGCCUGCGCAGCGACCUGCGACGUCUGUGAAGGGAAGUUGUCCACACUCUGUUGCCAAUUUUUCAGAGGCCUUGGUGGAACGCAUCGAUCUUCAAUUGAAGGUGGACUUUGAAGAACAGGUCCUCCAGGGCGAAUGCAAGCUCACAGUGCGAUCCAUCAAACCGGCACCUCACGUGAUCCUGGAUACUUUGGCCUUGGCAAUUGAAUCUGUGACGGAUGACAAUGGAGAACCCGUGCAUUGGGAGGUCGAGGAGUCACCACCACCCAAGUCGAACUUUGGUCAGUCCUUGGUGAUUGCUUUGCCUGCCUCGAAGACUACAACGCUUUCGAUUAAGUACAAGACAACGGAGAAGAGUACUGCACUACAGUGGCUGACAAAAGAGCAGACGCAGGGCAAGCAAUAUCCUCUUUGCUUUACACAAAGCCAAGCUAUUUGUGGCAGAUCCUUGCUGCCAUGUCAGGACACCCCAUCGGUGAAAGCACCCUUUACAAUCUCUGUGACAGUCCCAGAGCCACUCACAGCCGUUGCAUCUGGUGAACCAUCUGGCGAUCCUGAGUCAAGCGGAAACUUUCGCACUUUCCGAUACGAGCAGAAAGUGCCCGUGAUGUCUUAUUUGAUCGCAAUUGUGGUUGCUCAUUUGGAAUCCUGCCAGAUUGGACCAAGAAGCAAAUGCUAUGCGGAGCCUGGCGUAAUCCAUGCGGCACAAAAAGAAUUUCAAGAUAUUGUUGAAGACUUCAUUUUGAAAGCUCAGGAAGUCGUCGGAGGUGCAAAGUACGAAUGGGGCAGCUACAAUGUUGCAGUCAUGCCGUCAUCAUUUGCAUACGGGGGAAUGGAGAAUCCAAAUUGCACAUUUAUGAGCGCGUCAUUGAUACCUGGAGACCGUAGCUUAACUCCCACCCUGGCUCACGAGAUUGUGCACUCCUGGAUUGGUAAUCUGGUCACGAAUGCGUUCUGGAAAGACUUCUGGCUUAACGAAGGCUUCACUCGCUACAUCGAGAGACGAGUCCUCGGCAAGAUUUUUGGGCCAGCCUUUCGUGGACUGCUGCUGCUGGUUGGCUACAAUGAUCUCAUUAAGGCUGUGGACAUGUUGAAUCAGCAAGGCACACCCGGCCUCACACGGCUUGAACCUGAAAUCGAUGAGAUUGAUCCUGACGAUGCAUUUUCCCGAGUGCCCUAUGAAAAAGGCUCGCUGUUUUUGUUCUAUUUGGAACAAAUUGUGGGCGGUGAGCAACAAAUGACAGACUGGCUCGGGGCUUAUGUGGCUGCUUUCCGGGAGCGUAGCAUUGAAACAGAGGAUUGCAAGCAGCAUUUCCUGAAGUUCUUCAAAGGUGUCAAGCGCAUCAAAGAAAUUGAUUGGGAACACUGGCUUCAUGGUGAAGGUUUGCCAGAUUUCGAUCUUUCAUCUUAUGUAGACCGGUCACUGGUGGAUGAAAGCCGCGCCUUGGCUGACAGCUGGCUCAACACCUCAACAUCCGAUGUGGAGACAGGCCAUAUGAAGGCGCAGCAAUGGAUGCUAUUUCUGGAUCAUUUAAUCAACGCAGUGGUGGCCGGAACGAGUAUUUCUCACGAUACUCUUGCCAGCAUGGAAAGCAAGUACAAGCUCUCUCUUACCAAGAAUGUGGAAGUAUCUUUCAGGUGGUGCUUGCUGGGAUGCAAAUGCAAGUGGCCGGUGUGUUUGGACUGGACCGAGAAGUUUCUGGCAAACCACGGACGUGGAGUAUAUGUUAAGCCUUUGUAUAUGGCAUUGAAGGCAUUCGAUGCGGAACGCGCAAUUUCUGUGUUCCAGCAGAAUCGAGGCUUGCUUGAAACAUGGUUUCUUUUUGACAAACAAGAAAGCAAUCUUUGUUGCUUUCCCAUUUGCUUUAGCAUGUUGCAAAAUCUGAAGGACAGAUUUGGACUCAAGUGUUUGUGGAUUGGUCGAUGGCCCGUCUUGCUCAGGUAACUUCUACAUGACUGUUGUUACACGACAAAUUGCUGCUUGUCUAGGUCUAGGCUGAGGGCGCAUGCAGGAUUUCAGGCAGCUUCUGAAAAGAGAGCGAUUGGCUUGGAAGUGGCAAAGUCUGAGUGGUUGUGCUAAAGGCUUAAGCCUAACUGUGAGUUGUAUAUUAAUACAAAUAGCCAUUUCCCAAUUUGGAGUAGCCCCCGGCAGUGAUGUUUCGGAGC